GUUUCCGAACACACGUCAAUCGUGGCAACCCAACCUUUCUUGUCUUUUGCAUUUUCAGCUGGCAGGGCUGACAACGGAUAGAGAAGGCUCGGGGCAAAAAGAAUGUUCUGAGACUCAGUCUAGGCCACGAUUUCACUUGCUGUGUUGUUGAAGACUGUUCACGUCUCCUAAUUUUUGUGGCAACACAAGUAUCAAUAUGAGUGCAGAAUCUUCCGACGAUGAAUUUUUUGAUGCUGAGUCAGAUCCAGCAUCUGAAACUGAUAGCAAGCCAGGGCCUGACCUUGCACUUUGCUCUGAUAAGACAGCAGAUGGGAAGGCAGUAGUCGGUGGUGAAGUGACUGCAGUCGCUGAAGCCAGUGCAGAUGCAACCUGCAGCACCAGUAGUGCUAGUGAUGAUGGAGCAGUAGUCGCCGCAGCUGCACAGCCACUGCCCGUUGUGAAUGCAUCCGGUACACCGGCCGCUGCUGCUACCAUCAGUAAUGCAGCUGAGGAGCCUGCUGAGGAGACUUCAGCUAGAGCAAGCACAGCAUCAAGUAAGCCGCAUGACGAUGCUACUGCUCCUGCUACCGCUGCUACUACUCCUGCUGCUGCUGGCAGUGAUCAAGUUGAUGGUGCCGUGAUGAGCUCGGUGCGAGGACUUGUUGCACCGUCUUCGCCGAAAACACAAGAAGCGGCACAAGUCAAGCCCGUGGACUCUCCUCCUGACACAGCCACAGGACAGACUGCGAAGAACACCGCUGCUCCCGGACUCACCGCUGCAACAUGUGCCUCUUCCGUGCCAGCAUGCGGCUCACCAGCUGCCAGCGGUCCACGUAGACCUCCGCCUCCGAAGAUAGCACCGUACCGUGGGACUAGGUCAGGCUCCUUGAAGUCCGACACUGGCAUCACCACCAGCACCACACAGGGUACACACACAGAGGCUACGAAUGGCUCUGCUGGUAGUGGUGACAUUGGAAUGACGGAGGUGGCCACAUCGAGUGCUGCCGGCAUCACAACACAAGGCGAAGCCACCCAGUCGCAAAACACGCACCAAGAAGAAGACUUUGUCAGUCGGUACGCUGCGGGUGUGAACACCACGUCCUCUAAUCACUUCAAUUUCGUUGCUGCGGAGGAUAAAGCGCCGGGUGUGGUCACACCUGUCACCAGUGUGACCAAGCUGGAUGAUCCCAUCUCGGAUACGGAAAUUUUGGAAGGCACCCUUGUGAAGAACUUGGACACUGGUGAAUCUAUUCCACUGAGUGAGGCCGAGAAGUGCAUACCAAACGGUGUGAAUCCUCUAGCCUUGCACAUCAUGAGAUUAACAUCAGAGUUUGUUGGCGCUGAACCGGAGAGUGAGGAUCCAAACAGUCGCGAAUCAACGGCGACUGUAGCUGCGGCACAAGCUGAAGCAGCUGCAAAAAUAGUCAAGCAGAAGGGGAAACUGGCGUUCAAAGCAUUUAAGGGCAAGGUGAAGUCGGUCAAGAAGGCUCUCGAAGCUCACGGUGACAAUGAUGCGGAUCCUGAUUCAGAGAACAAUGACUCUGUGCGCUUCAAGGCGUCCAGUAGUCAUCGCGGUCCACCGUUCGAGUAUGACAAUCUGACACUGCGGCAAGAUUUGAGCAAUGAACAUACGGGCCCUGUGUGGACCAUUCGCUUUUCGACAGAUGGACGACUCAUGGCAUCAGCUGGACAAGAUUUGAUUGUGAGAGUCUGGGUUCUGAAGAAAGCCAAGGGAACGUUUGACGACAUGCGUAACAAGUACUCAUCUAAAGACGGCAGUGACAACAGCGACUCCUCACCAAGAGCAACUCCGGCUGAUGAUGAUUCUCUAUUCGACUCCAAGCCAUUCUGUGCGUAUUCCGGUCACACGGCUGAUAUUCUGGAUCUGGCGUGGUCAAAGAAUUACUUUCUUCUGUCAGCGUCCUUUGAUAAGACGGUCCGGCUUUGGCAUGUAUCACGUCAGGAAUGUCUGGCUUGCUUUCAGCACACCGAGUUCGUCACUGGAAUUGCCUUCCAUCCGCGGGAUGAUCGUUAUUUCCUUAGCGGAUCGCUCGACGCUCGCUUGCGCCUCUGGAAUAUUCCGGACAAGAAAGUUGCGCUGUGGAAUGAAGUGGAGGGCUCAGGCAAUCGUCUCAUCACUGCUGCUAACUUUGUCCAGAAUGGCAAGUAUGCAGCGGCCGGUACGUAUGAUGGCCGAUGUCUGCUCUAUGAAACCGAGUACCUCAAGUACCACACACAGAUCCAUGUACGGUCAUCUCGAGGCAAGAACGCCAAGGGUCGCAAGAUCACUGGUAUUGUACCAAUGCCCGGUGAAGAUAAGAUCUUGAUCUCAUCGAAUGACUCUCGUGUUCGCCUGUACGAUCUGAAGGAUCUGUCCAUGGUAUGCAAGUACAAGGGUGCCGUAAACCGCUCCAGUCAGAUUGAGGCGUCCUUCAGUGCUGAUGGCUCUCACAUUAUUACUGGCUCUGAGAACGGGUUUGUGUACCUGUGGCGCACGUUCCAUGACUUCUCACGCUCUGCUGCUGCUCGCCUCAACGACUUCUAUGAGAGCUUUGCUGCCCCUGUCAGUACACAGAGUGGUGAUCAAGUGACUGCGGCUGUGUUUGCACCGGUUCCCGGCCUGUUUGCCGACGAAGGUAUCUCCGAGAACAGUGAUGUGCUUGUGGCAGCCGACUACAACGGCUGUAUACACGUUUAUUCUAAGCCACGCUGAGCUAAGCAUUUGCUGCCGUUGUUGCAGCUGCUGCUGCCACCGCUCCUACUGUUGCUGCUGCUGGCACUGCUUGCUAGCAGCCUAGGUGUGAUGUACCCAUUGCAACACGUGCUCAGUUAUAUAUUGUUUAGAAACGAGCAUGCUGCUACCUGUAAAUUAUUCCAUUGCCAGACCACUGACUGAGCCGUGCGAUAACUACUGAAGUAGUACUGCCAGGUACAGCAUACAUUGCUGCAGCCUCUACGCCUCUCCACCAGGCCUGCACUGAGUUUGUCUUUGUCCUGUCAGUGUACAUUGCUGCAGCCUCUACGCCUCUCUGUCAGGCCUGCACUGAGUUUGUCUUUGUCCCGUCAGUGUACACUGCUGCAGCCUCUACGCCUCUCUGUCAGGCUUGCACUGAGUUUGUCUUUGUCCCGUCCGUAUAAUGCAAGAGCUAUUACCAAAUUGUUGACCAAGCUCUCACCAGUAUUUUCAAUUUUCACCCCACCGCCCGUACACCUAUAUUCUCUACCUCUACUCUAGUGCAAGAAGACAACACUACUGAAGUACGUAAAACGUGUUCUAAGAGUACUUUUAACUUUAAUUCUUUCUUAUCGUUGGCAAGUGUUUGGUAACUUUGGUUGCCGGUUGAAGGCACGUGUUUGUUUGCUGUUGUAUUCUAACCUAUUGAGUCUUGGCAUGAUGUCACCCGUGGGCGGAUAGGAGUUUUUGUUGUUGCUGUUUGUUAUUGUUAUGUGCCGUCGUCAUUGUUGUCGAUAGUGGCAUCAAUGUCCAUCAGGCUAAUUCCUGUUAUGCCAUGUGAGUGAAUCCUAUCUUUGCAGAAACAUGUG